AUGGCUCCGUACUUGCCUCAGAGUGGGGCUGGUGGUGGUGGCAGUCCAUAUUCUAAAGGAGCUGCUUUAUAUGCUCUUGGUCUGAUUCAUGCAAAUCAUGGGGAGGGCACCAAACAAUGCCUUCGUGAUAGUAUAAGAAGCACUAGUGUUGAGCUCUUUUCUGAGUUUAUAUUAUUUUGGGGUAACAUUACCUUUCUACCUUCAACUUACACCCUCUGGUUUGAUUACAUGAAAAGACCUAGGAUUGAGUAUGAGAAGAAGAUGCAUGCCAGCAACCUUGAACAGAGAGAAGUACUACAUAAGAAUAUUGUAUCUAUGGCCCGCGAAAUGGAGAAAUUAUGCACUGAGCUUGCUGAUGCAGAGAAGACAACAAGGGCAGCUGCUGUUACUGUUGUUCCUGCUCCUCCAGUUGAAAUUUUCAUUCCGGUGGAAGAGGCGGAGCAAGAAAGAGGCAUUUUUCAUAUUGAAGGUUGGAUGGUUGGACUGAACGGGAGCAAGACAGAGGCAACCCAUUUAGUGUUAGAAUCUGAGAACCAACAAAUACUUCCUCUGCAAUAUGUUUUAGUCUGCACAGAUGAGUACGGCAGAAGGGGGCAAGCGCCCAUAAGAGACGACGAGUCAAUGUUAUGGAUUUACCGAGGUGCCCAUUUGCGUCCAGCAUUGUACGUAGAGGUUGCAGAUGAACCUGUUCAAGAUGUUGGGGAAGGAACUAGUGGUGGUCAGUAUGAUGGUGCAGGGAGUAGUGGUGUUGGUGGUACCAAUGAAGAUGACGAUGACACAGAAGAUGACGUACAUGGGAACAGUGACGAGGAGUAUGUGCCGUCCGAUGAGUUUGAUGAUGAUUACAGUGACCAUGGCGCAUCUUCAGUAGUAAUUUCUAUUUUUGACGACAUCAGUGACAUGGACAAGUCUGAACUGGAUGAGGAUUCUGAUGGGAUCACAAUGUGGGACGGUAAUUGGCAGACGGUUAGAUAUGGUGUACAUUUUGCUAACAAGAAAGAGGUACAAACAGCUGUGGGGGAAUGGACAUUGCGACAGGGUCGGGCAUGUCGGGUAAAAUAUAGCCGUCCCUAUAUGUGGGCCACUGAAUGCGAGACUAAAGGGCCGAAGUACCCAGAAGAACUUCUCCACGGCACUACUUGCUUGUGGAAAUGUCGAGCUACCCUGCAAAAAGACACAAAUACUUGGAGAAUGGUGGUAUAG